AUUCCUCCACAAUUAACCGAUUCUCGCUGUUCCAUCUUUCUGGUCUCUCUGCGUCCCAAAAGAACACGAGCAAACAAGAAAACCUGCCCUGUUCUUCUCUGGAUCUAACAGAGAAAACCACACCUCCAAUCAGCGAUGCAACAAGGAGAUUACAGCUCCGCUCCAUACUAUCAAUACCCACACUUCCAAAACCAAAACCCAAACCCUAACCCUAGCCCUAGCCCCUCUGAUCCUUUACCGAACCCUUACGCCUCCGCGCCACCCUUCACCUCCGGCUAUUCUCCCUCCGAUUACUCCGUUUAUCCCUCCACGUACCCUCCGUUUUCUCAAAAUCCCGAUCCUGUUCCUGCCCCUGCUCCUCCCCCUCCCCCUCCAACUGCUCCUUCGUACACCCCAACCACAAACCCCAAUCUGCCCUCUUCGUUCCCUCCUUUCGAGUCCCACGUGCCCUACCAACCGCCCAAUCAGCAGCAGCCCUAUUAUCCACCGUACGAUCAGCAUCAGACUGCUCCGAAUUAUGCCCCUCCUUCAACCUCGAUCCUCCCGAACCCUUCCCCAAUUCCGAAUCCCUACUCGGCUCCGUACAGCCACGCCAACGCGUCGACCCCUCCAGUAUACGAUAACCCCUACGAGAGUUCUGUGAAAUUCGAUUCCACCGGUGCGUAUUUCGACGAGUACGGAGGAUUCGGUAGGAGCCGGUCCGAUUUGGGGCCUGAUCCGUACAGGAAGCGAUCGGAGAGCGUGUCGCGGUAUGACAGCGACGGUGUGUAUGCGUACGAGGGGCCGAAGGCGGAGCCGUAUGGGGCUCGUGGCACAGCACCGAAGUCGUCGACAUGGGCGGCGUUCGAUGACUAUGGGAGGUCGAUCAGCUUUGGUUCUGGGAAGGAUUCCCCUGUGAAUUCGAGCAAGAUCGUGAGGGCGGUGCCUAAAGCUGAGACUCAGCAAGACGUGAAGAGCGGGGUCCAGAAGUUUCGGGUCAAGUUGUUGGCCGAAAGUCUUGGUCAGAGUACCAUGGAUGUGCUCUGCCAGAUUGGUUUGGAUGGAAUUCGCAUGCUUGAUCCUGGUACCAGUAGGACAUUGAGAAUAUAUCCCCUCGAGACCAUUACAAGAUGUGAAGUUACCGAUUCAUCUACGCUUGCAUUUUGGUCCAAGAGCUCGGUGGACAUUGAGCCCAGACGUAUCAGAUUGCAAUCAAAUAGCUACACUACCAAUACCCUUCUGGACACGGUGACUGCUGCCACUGUACAGAUAAAGGAGAUGGGUGGAAGUAGCAGGCCUUCUGAUUCUUUAAAGACAAAUGAACAGCCUGCAGAAAAGAAGAAAGGUCUUGGCGAUUGGAUGAACUUGAUGAAGCCUGUCAAUGAGGAGAAAGAGCAUUGGGUACCUGAUGAAGCAGUUUCAAAGUGUACUGGGUGUGGGACAGAUUUUGGAGCUUUUGUGCGUAAGCAUCACUGCAGGAACUGCGGAGAUAUUUUCUGUGACAAGUGCACCCAUGGUAGGAUUGCUUUAACUGCUGAGGAGAAUGCUCAGCCUGUUAGAGUUUGUGACCGAUGCAUGGCUGAAGUGACCCAGAGGCUGAGUAAUGCUAAGGAAGUGGCUAGUAAACCUGCAGCACUGCAUAGUCACGAGGAUCUUGCCAAGAAGCUUCAGGAGGAGAUGGAAAAGAAUCGAAGGGCAUCAUCAGGCUCCAGGUCCGAUGGAUCCGGGAGGCGGAUGAAGGAAGUUGCCUGUCCUAUCUGCACUGUCCAUUUGCAGGUCCAAGUUCCCAGCUCGGGUUCUGAGACCAUUGAGUGCGGGGUUUGCCAGCAUCCAUUCCUUGUGAGUGCCCAUUGAUUUUACGUACAUUCUAUGAGACGAGAGCCUAAAUUUCUGGAUAUAUGUGAUGUCGAGUUGAGUUUAUUUUACUGGUUGGAAUAUUGUUGAUUAGUGAUUUGGAUUAGCAUUUAUGUAUUGUUUUAUCCUUUAUUUGGUUUUAUACACUUUAUUGGUCUGAUGUAAGCUGUUUUCACCGCUAAUAGUGUAUGUGCAGUUCUUUUCUUGUAAGCUACAUCAAAGCCGGUCAUGAUUUUAUGUAUGAACGCAACAGUUAAAUCUUCUUAUGAAUACAUGUAUAUCAUAUUACGUGCUCA